AUAUAGGAAAACAUAAAAAGGAGAUAGAAGAGGGAAUACUUGUGAAGCAGCGGAAAAGAGGGUCUUCCUCAUACCAUGGAUUUGCUAUCACUCUCACCGUCGCACCCUUCAACUUGCAUUCCCUCACACUCUCGGAUUUCAAGACCACAAUGCUCCAUCCCUAUAACUUGCACCUCCAACUACUCCACAUCCUCACUCACCUGCGCACUCACCACCGCACCCAAACCCUUCAAAACCCAAAGGUCCGUUUCGGGAUUCGAGCUAUCUGCCCCUCAGACGCCGGCGACUGCGAUGAGAGGCGCUGAAGGGGACGUGAUGGGGCUUUUGCUGAGGGAGAGGAUCGUCUUUUUGGGAAGCAGCAUCGAUGACUUGGUGGCAGAUGCAAUUAUCAGCCAAUUGCUCCUCUUGGAUGCCCAAAACCCCACCAAGGACAUUAGGCUCCUCGUUAACUCCACUGGUGGCUCUCUCAGUGCUACAAUGGCUAUCUAUGACGUCUUACAACUUGUGAGGGCUGAUGUUUCCACAGUUGCACUGGGCAUUGUAGCAUCAACAGCUUCCAUUAUCCUUGGUGGUGGCACCAAAGGUAAGCGUCUUGCUAUGCCCAGCACAAGAAUUAUGAUUCAUCAACCUGUUGGAGGAGCUAGUGGACAAGCUUUAGAUGUAGAAAUUCAAGCAAAAGAGGUUAUGCACAACAAGAAUAAUGUUACAAGAAUUAUAUCUGGAUUCACUGGUCGCUCAUUUGAGCAAGUCCAGAAAGAUAUUGACAGAGAUAAAUACAUGUCUCCGAUUGAAGCAGUUGAAUAUGGAAUCAUUGAUGAUGUAAUCGAUAGAGAUAGCAUAAUUCCCCUUGAACCAGUACCGGAAAGGGUGAAAUCAACACUGAAUUAUGAAGAAAUAAGUAAAGACCCGAAGAAAUUCUUGAACCCUGAUAUCCCUGAUGAUGAGAUAUACUAGUUUAAAACAAUUCAUAUUGAUAGUGGAAAAGUUGCACAACUUUUUGCUUAAAGCCUGGGACUCCAGUGGAAGAACUGAUGGAUGUAGCGUUGUCUUGGGAAUUUGUUUUUCAAUUUAUUUUUUGGUUUGUAAGUAUUGUACCGUUAUCAUGAAUGGAACAAUAUCACAUUUAUUAACUUGUUUCCAUAAAAGAAAGCUAUGAUAUUCCGAUAUUUUAAUUUAAUAUUCCACCAGUCUCUAUU